UAGCAAAUAAUCCAAAAAUGACGAAUUUGACAUUCCUGGUGGUGCUUAUAGGUUUAGCUGCAUUUGCCGUUGGAGUUCCACUGAACUCCCAGCCAGCGGACGAUCAAUGGAAGCUGAUUCCGGACGCCAAUGGGCGUUUGCAUUUGGUCAAUUUGAACCCGUAUAGCUUACCGGAUCCUCAGGAACCGGAAACUCAUUUCACCGCCCGUCAGGAUAUGAUCUUCCGCCUGUAUACUCAACAGAAUCCGGACGUACCGCAAACAAUCAUUCUGGAAAAUUCUGCCUCCCUGGCUGCGUCCAACUUCAAUCCGGCACACCCAACCAGGUUCAUCAUCCACGGAUGGAACAAUAAUGGUUUCUCUGAGGUUAACAUGAUGCUGAAGGAUGCCUGGAUGAGACGUGGAAACUUCAACGUCAUCACCGUCGAUUGGGGCGUAGGAGCUAACACCAUCAACUAUCCGAUUGCACGUGCUCGAGUCCAUGCUGUUGGAGCAACGACUGCAGCUUUCAUUGGAUUCCUGAUUGCCGAAAGGGGUAUCUCGCCGAACAGUAUCAGCAUUGCUGGACACAGUUUGGGAGCUCAUGCUGCCGGUGUUGCUGGCCACAGCCGAUUCGGAACGCUGAACACCAUUUUCGGAAUGGAUCCGGCACUGCCAGGGUUCUCUCUGGAUAGCAGCGAUCGUAUCACGGCUCACGAUGCCCAGUACGUUGAAUCGAUCCACACCAACGCCGGAUUGCUCGGGUUCGAUUUGCCACUCGGACAAACCGCCUUCUACCCGAACGGAGGAAGCAGCCAGCCCGGUUGCGGAGUAGAUAUUACCGGAGCCUGUGCUCACGGACGUGCUUAUGAGUUCUUGGCUGAAUCGAUCAUCUCCGGAGGAUUCACGUCGAUUCCGUGCCAGAACUACAACCAGGUGAUUACGAAUACUUGCGUUAUCGAUCGUCCACAGCGACGCAUGGGAGGUGAACCAUCGAACCAUGGAACCGGUGCCUCCGGAGUUUAUACUCUGACCACCCGAAAUGCUAGCCCGUUCUCUCAAGGUUAAAAUUUGAUUCUGAAAAUAUACUAACCAAUGCAAUGUGUCAUUCAGCACAAUUAUGUUAUAAA